GACUGGAAAAAGGCUGAUGUGGGGAUUAGAAUUAAUGGUAUAAAAGUACAACACAGACAACACACUUCACUUACUCAAGGAGCAGAGAGAAACAGCUCUGAGCAGCGACUGGGAUAUCUGUGACUGCAGAGAUCCGCAGUAGAAAUGAACGCCAGCCCCCCAGCAGGAAGCGCCCUGGCCCCCGGUGGAGCCACAGGCCCCACUACGCCCAAGAAGGGGCCACCCAAGUUCAAGCAGAGGCAGACCCGCACAUUCAAGAGCAAGGCCCCCAAGCCAGGCCAGAAGGGCUUUGGUGAUGACAUCCCUGGCAUGGAGGGUCUUGGCACAGACUUCACAGUGGUGUGCCCAUGGGAAGCCUUCGGCGACAUGGAGCUCAGCGACUUGGCCAAAUACGGCAUCAUUUAAACCCGCUGCCUCCAGCCUUCCUCGCCUGCCUGCACCUCUCCUCUGUCUAAUCCUUUCCACCUGGCCUUCUCUCCACCUCAGCUUGGCACGUCGUGAUAAGGCUGCCAGCAAACCCCCUAAUGCCCUCUCGUCUAUCUACCUCUUGCUUUGCGCCACUAAGUGGAUGGAAAGCAUAAUGAUGUUGUUAUUUUUAUAUUAUAAUAUGAUACUGUUUACAGUAUAUAUACUUGAAAUGAAAAGACGAGAAAACCAUCUCCACCUACCUUUUUCCUUUCCCCUUCAUCCACCUAGCGUAGUCUCCUCCUGACUCCUCCCCCCUCCUCAUGUGGACUUCCCUGCCUCCCUGUGCCACUCCCAACCCACGGCAAUGGAUGCAAGCAAAACACUAGUCAACGCUAGCUUGUAUUUGCUUCUAGCUGCCUGUUGAAAUGUAAAUAAUUUGUUCUAAGCGUUAAACCUUUUUACCUUAUCUUCCAUCUUACCUUUUGUACUUCCUCCCUCUUUUGUUUUGCAUUGUAUUUUCUACUCCUUGUGCACAAGGUUGUUGUAAACACCAAGGGAUGCAGUGUGGGUGUGCAACAUGCUGUAAUGGUGAAAAACUACAAUGCUCUUUCACGCGAUCAUUGAGGAGGAAUUCCUUUUUGUCCUGCUCUCCAUCUCUUUCUCUCCUUGCUGCUACCUGCACUUCCCUCCUUAGAGAAGUUAAAGGCAUAUAAGUUUUGUGUUUGCAAACACAAUAUUACGGAAGAUGUGUUGUGAACUGGUAUGUCCUAAUAGCUGAAAUAAAAAUCAGUUUAUUUUCA